CACUAUUGCCACACCCUGCAACUCCAUAACCACAUUGCACUUUUCAUCCAAUUCUGUGAAAUCACUGUUGUUGUCUAUUAUUUUUUUUCCUAACAUGGGAGAAGCUCCAGAGGUGUUCUACAUUAAUGGGUUCUCAAAGUUUGGCCAUGAAAUUGAAACCCAACAAAACCAUGUCAAUGAUCAGAACCAUGAUUCUUCUUGGUACGAGGAAAUCAUCGAUGAUGAUCUCAAAUGGUCUUUUAAACUCAACAGUGUGCUCCAUAAAGCCAUUAGCGAGUACCAGGACAUAGCUCUCUUAGAUACAAAACGUUUUGGAAAGGCCUUGGUGCUUGAUGGGAAGAUGCAGAGUGCUGAAACGGACGAAUUUGUUUAUCAUGAAUGCUUGAUUCAUCCACCUCUUUUAUGCCACCCUAACCCCAAGACUGUGUUUAUAAUGGGGGGAGGUGAAGGUUCUGCUGCUAGGGAAGCCCUUAAGCACAGGUCAAUGGACAGAGUGAUCAUGUGCGAUAUAGACAAGGAGGUGGUAAAUUUUUGCCGAAAAUACUUGAUUGUAAAUAAGGAGGCGUUUUCUCAUAAGAAGCUGGACCUUGUCAUCAAUGAUGCCAAGGCUGAAUUGGAGAAGAGAAAGGAAAAGUUUGAUAUCAUUGUUGGAGAUUUGGCAGACCCACUUGAAGAUGGGCCAUGCUAUCAACUCUACACCAAAUCCUUCUAUGAGAAGAUCCUGAAGCCCAAGCUCAAUGAUAAUGGCAUUUUUGUGACCCAGGCUGGACCAGCAGGUAUCUUCACACACAAGGAGGUCUUCACUUCUAUAUAUAACACGAUCAAACAGGUUUUCAAAUAUGUGAUUGCAUACACGACUCAUGUACCAUCAUUUGCCGACACAUGGGGUUGGGUUAUGGCUUCGGACCAACCACUAUCGAUUUGCGCUAAUGAAAUGGACAGAAGAAUCGAAGCAAGAAUAGAUGGGGAACUUCUAUAUCUAAAUGGUGCUUGGUUCCAUUCAUCUACAACCAUGAAUAAAACUGUUUACCAAUCGCUGCAAAAUGAAACUCACGUGUACACGGAAGAAAGUGCUAGAUUUAUUCCUGGACAUGGCAUGGCUUUUCAUCUCUAAGAUUUCAAGCCAUUGAUAGAGAGAAAUUGUUCCAACCUCUAGCUGAUUACAUUGUUAGGCUUAUUGCAUUUAAGAAAUUGUCCACUUUUAGUCUUGUGAGCCUUCACAAUUUUGUUUUUAAUGGAUGCCUUAAUAGGUUAAGGAAAGAAAAUAUUUAUAAAUUAUCUUUAGUCUUGAUUAAGUAAUGUGAGACUUUUUUUAUGUAUUAGAAGAGUAACCCCAAGUUGAGGACAAGAAAUUAGAGGACCUAAUAGUCUUCACUGUGAGGUUCAAGUCUUUGUUUUAAUGUCAAUGUUUCAAUAUUAAAGAGGUUGGAACAAUUGAGACAUUGACAUUAGAAGGAGAACUUAAAUCACAUAUCCCUCAAUUUCAAUUGGGAUUAUUAUUCAAAUAUACUAAAAAAAUCCUACAUUUCUUAGGAAACAAGACCAAUGAUAAUUUAUAGAUAUUUUUCUCCCUUAACAUACCAAAACAUCUUUUAAACACAAAAUCUUCACGCCAAAUUGGACAAUACUUUGAAUAUGGUGAGCUUAACAAUACUGCAGAUUGAAAUUGGAAAUAGAAACUCCUGCAUACUCUGACUCUCACCUCAAAUUAUUGAAUCGUAUAGUUCAAAUUUAACAUCAAACUUAAUUAUCAAAGGGCACAUUCAAUUAUUGUAAUCCAUGCAUGCUUUCAUUUGUAAAUUGGUGUUAUAGUAUGUGGGAAUUUGUUGUAUAGAAUACAAAGGUAUUAGAAGGACUGGUCAUUCUAAACAAUAAGAACAACAACAUCAAUCAAACAAUUCAAC